UCAUAGGUCUGGCUCUGUCUUGUAGGCGGUGUUGGUUUUCGACAUAAUUUCUCUUGUACCAAUUAAUUUUCAGGGCAGCCAUAUUUCUGAAAAACUGGAGUUUUUUGCUCCGGGUGAAAUAUGAUAGCAUUCGUUUUGGAAUCGGCUGACUCCCGGGCGUGAGCCAGGUGACCUGCUCAAAACCCACAGCGAAGUCUGCUCAAAACAUAAGUAGCAUAAUUAAGCACGUGGAGUAAUGAGUUGGACUGUGUUUUUUUCCAAAGUGAUUGCUUUUGAUGAUAACGCUUGAUGUGACUUUCCAAUUAAAAGUCGUUGGCAAAUUCAAAAGUAUGUACGUUACUUUCCCGUUCACGUCACGAGCCAUAGACCGGUGCCCUGCGGUUCAAGUAUAAUCGAAUCCGCCCAUUGUUACGUUUAUCGAGAGGAAAUAAUUGACCAAUUAUAUUAGAGUGGGCGGGACUAUGGCUGGGGAUAGUCCACUGCAUAGUUUUUCGUUCCUCCCAGUUCGAUCGGCAACGGGAGAGAGGAAAGUUGAGAGCCCGAAGGCAGCAGCCCCCACCACCGCCGGCCCAGGUUACCAUCUAGCACCGGGAAAUACACUAGAGAGCCACCGCCGGCAUUACCAACCAGAAACCAUGAGCAGCGAGGCCGAGACACAACAACCGCCGGAGCCUGCUGUGGAUUCGGAGAGCCCACCCAGCCCGCCAGCUACAGCUUCCGCGGGGGAUAAGAAGGUCAUCGCAACUAAGGUUUUGGGUACAGUCAAAUGGUUCAACGUCAGAAAUGGCUACGGGUUCAUCAACAGGAAUGACACAAAAGAAGAUGUCUUUGUCCACCAGACUGCCAUAAAGAAAAACAACCCAAAGAAAUACCUUCGCAGUGUUGGAGAUGGCGAAACUGUGGAGUUUGAUGUGGUUGAGGGGGAGAAGGGAGCAGAGGCAGCCAAUGUGACCGGCCCAGCGGGUGUCCCAGUCCAGGGGAGCAAGUAUGCAGCUGACCGGAACCGCUACAGGCGGUACCCCCGCAGGAGGGGCCCAGCCCGUGACGGCGAAUACCCGGACAACUACCAGAGUGAUGGCGAGGGUGAAGGAGAGCGCCCCCCCCGCAAGAGCCGCGAGAGUGCUGAGAGUGCCCCAGAAGGAGAGAUGCAGACCCAGCAGCGCAGGCCCCCCUUCCCCGGGAGACGGCGCUACCCCCCAUACUUUGGUGGCGAAGGUGACGAGAACCAGGGAGGUCCAGACCAGGGCAACAAACCAAUGAGACAGAACUACUACAGAGGCUUCCGACCAAGCAGGGGUGGCGGUCCACCCCGUCCCAGACCGGUGCGGGACGGCGAUGGGGAAAACAAGGAGAACCAGGAUGGUGAUGGUGAGAACCAGGAGCCCCGCCAGCGCCGCUACCGCCGAAACUUCAACUAUCGCCGCAGACGCCCACAGACUGGCGGCAAGCCCCAGGAUGGCAAGGAGGCCAAGACUGACGGCGAACCAUCUACAGAGAAAACGCCCGCUCCCGCGGCCGAGCAGGGCGGGGCUGAGUAGAAACUGCCGGCAUACCAUCUCUACCAUCGUCCGGUUGUCAUCAAGAAGAAACAAAGAUCUGAGCAAUAAGAAACAGAUUUGACUUGACGAUCGUCUUAAGCUUGCACCAUGAAUUUGACCAGAUUACCACCGAUUGCCUGCAGAAUCUAUGCAGACCUGUUAUGUUCCAUUAUUUUUGUGACAGCUAUAAAAAUUUAAAAAAGUUGGGGAAACGGCAGAUGUUUUUCUAAAAAUCGGUCCUAAGUUUUUACACCAAAUGGUUUUUAAAAGUAAUUUGAUAUCUGGUCAGUUGACAUUUUUAAAUAACUUUUUAUGUAUUCAAACAUGAAUUUUAACAACGCAAGCUCAAAUAAAAAGUCAAAGGAGAA